GCAGCAUCUCAGGAGCACAAAAGUCCGUAAGAAAACACUUUUUUCCAACAACACACAACAGGGUGUAGAGCUGGAUGAAUACAGCAGACCUAGGAGUUGUCAGAUGAUUUCCAAUAAACAGUUCUGGAAACUGAAAGUAAAGUUGUGAACGGACCGCGGAAUAAGGCGGAGCAAGCAGUCGGAAUUGCAGACGGGUGCAAGAAACAAACCCAUCGAUCGCGUUUCGCAGCUGGACUUCAGGGGUAACGGGGAGGGUACUUGCCCCUUUCCAAUCCCGCAGGGAUUUUGAAAUUAUUCAAGAGAGCAUUCAGGACAACAUGAGCCUUGACAAAACACUUCAGCAAGCGGAAGAAGAGUUAGAAUUGUGGCAGAGUAAAAUUGACAACUUAGAAAGAAGAAAAUCAGAUUUGAUCUGUUCAAAACUGGAUGCUGAAGAAAAGAAGAAGCAAAUUGCGCAUGAACUUUGCAAGCUGAAUAAUGAACACGAGAAGCUCCAGGAGGAGAUUCAAAGGACAGGGCAGUCUUUAAAGGAGAAGCUCUGUGAAAAAGAGGCUGAGCGUGAAAAACUGAAAGAACAACUGAUUGAACUUGAAAAAGAACUCCGAAUGAAUCGAGAAGACUGUAGCCUACUGAAUUCUAAAUUCAAGAUUAAGGCAACUUUGCCUGAAAAGAAUAUUAAGUUCACCAAACUUGAAGAAAGUGUGCCCACAGCUCAAGAGGGAGAGGACUUCUCAAAGAUCAAGUGCUGCUAUGUCGUCUCACCUGAAGUGUCACUGGCUCUUCAGAAUGGACAGGCCUUAAUCACUUUUGAAAAUGAGCAAGUUGCUAGUAAAAUUCUGAGGAUAGCCAAGCAUCACAUAAACCUGGAUCCUGGGAAACUAGAUGUGAAGACUCAUCCUGUCAAACUGGGCACAGCAAGGAAGUUUGAGGUACAUAUUGACAUCUCCAGGAAGACAGUUAAAGUUUCUCAAAUUCCGGAGUUCCUUCCAGAAGAACAGAUGAGAGACAAGUUGGAAAUUAGCUUUUCAAAGCCCAGUUUGGGUGGAGGGGAGGUGGAGCAUAUAAAUUACGAUCGUUUUUCUGGAACUGCUGUGGUCACCUUUGUUGAAAAAGGAAUCGCCCAGCGUGUUGCAGAAAAGAAGAAAUUCACAAUCACCCUAAGUAAGGAAACAUCCUGUUCAGUGAAUGUUGAAUCUGUGCAAGAUUAUUCUUUAGAGAAGUUUCAGACAUUUAAUGGAAUUUGCAAGCGAACUGUGAUGAUAUCAGAUAUCAAGGAUGAUUUGGAAGAAGAAGAAUUACAGGACAAGCUUGAAAUCCAUUUCCAGAAACCAAGCAACCAUGGUGGUGAAGUUGAGAAUAUAAAGUAUGUUCCAAAAAAUCAAUAUCUAACAGCAUACUUUGAAGAAGACGUGAAAACAACAUAGUCUUUUGGUUUUCAGUCCCUGAACUGUAUGUUCUUUUAAAGGCCACUCUGAUCUUUCUAUCUGUUGAAAUAGAUUAUUUUUGUGACUUGUGGCCAGACGUUUUAUCCAUGCUCCAAUAAUAGCUUUGAUUAUUGUCAUCGCAAUUUUAUCUUAUGUAUGUAUAAUUAAUUUAAUCACUGCACUGAGAUAUUUUGCAUUCUGUAUUAAAGCAUUCUGGUUGUGCUUUUACCUGUCAUGUGCAAGGGGUAAUCUCUGAUGAAGGGUCUAGGCCCGAAACGUCAGCAUUUGUGCUCCUGAGAUGCUGCUUGGCCUGCUGUGUUCAUCCAGCCUCACAUUUUAUUAUCUUGGAAUCUCCAGCAUCUGCAGUUCCCAUUAUCUCUCAUGUGCAAGGGGUAAUAUGGUUUUUCAUACUCAUUCUCCUUUACAUUAGCAAGAAUAUAUAAUUUGCAAAAUGCCAUGAGAAAAUCAUGGUGCAUAAAAUUAAUGGGCAAAUAAAGAAAUGAAAA